CUCAGAUUUAAUAGAACGAGUCGCGCGGUUCUCUUCAUGCUCAAUUACUUUAUUUUUCUUAUUUCGAGUCGGGUACUUAUCACAUAUCGUGGUAACAUUCACUUGUUCCUCACGGCUAAGAUCAAAUGCCAUUGAUAAUCCCCCUAUUUACAUGUAAUUCAAAUACGAAUGAUGGUUCUAAUGUGUGUAGAUCAUGUAUUAGGUAUCAUGCCUAAAAGUUAUGAUCAAUGUAAACAAAGAUCUUAUUAUCAGUCGAGGAACGUAAUCAACAGUUUUUUGUAUCAUCUAUCAAAAUUUUGAUAAUUACAUCUUCUGAGCAUCGAUGAUGCUAAAAUUCAGUCCUACGCUGUAUCGUUAUCAAUUUUCCCUCUACCUGUGAAAUCCGUAUUGAGAAAACCCUGCAUUCGUAAUGUUUCAAUUUGGAGUAUACUUACAUUGUGUAAAGCUUACCCAUCUUGGAUACUCUUCUCAAUUUCCGGCCUUAUGUACCAUGUACAUAUAUUUACGAUUGAAAGUUGUGUAAUGAUAAGUUGUAUUUCAAUUCAACAAACUAUUGUAGAAAAAGGUUAACAAAAUGAAAGGAGAAGAAGAACCAAUGGUUACUAUGAUGGAAGUAUCUAGUAACGUUGCAGUGCAAAAUAACGAUGGGCGAAGACUUACUAUAAACGGAGGAAGCGAUAUGGAAGCUGAAAUCAGCUUAACCGUAAUACCUCAAUCCGAUGACGACGAUGAUGGCGGUAUGUCGUCCGAUUCUAAUCAUAGUCAAGAUGAUUAUUCAGGGACCUCUGUCGACCUCAUGGCUGCAGCAAUGGGCGACGAUGUUACAGCACAACUGGCAGCUGCAGGUUGGCAAAAACAGCACUUACAUGGACCUGUUGGUAUGGCUGCAGCCGCCGCUAUUGUAUCAGCCAAAAAACGCAAACGUCCUCAUUCGUUUGAAACAAAUCCGUCAAUACGUAAACGGCAACAAAAUAGGCUAUUGAGAAAACUCAGGCAAACCAUAGAUGAAUUUUCAACUCGAGUCGGGCAACAAGCUGUUGUUUUGGUCGCCACACCUGGCAAAGAAAACAGCGGAUUCAAAUGUUUCGGUGCAAAACCUUUAGAGGAUGUGAUGAAAAAUCUUAAAAACAUGAUAAUGGAAGAGCUAGAGCACGCAUUAUCGCAACAUGCUCCGCCACCGGUGCCAGACGAUCCUAGUUUAUACGAGUUACCACCUUUAAUAUUAGACGGUAUUCCUACUCCAGUUGAAAAAAUGACUCAAGCACAGUUACGUGCUUUUAUACCCUUGAUGCUGAAAUAUUCCACUGGAAGAGGAAAACCAGGUUGGGGUAGAGAGUCGACUCGACCUGUAUGGUGGCCAAAAGAGUUACCUUGGGCAAAUGUGCGAAUGGAUGCGAGAACUGAACAAGAAAAACAAAAAAUCUCUUGGACAAAAGCAUUAAGACAAAUUGUUAUUAAUUGUUAUAAAUAUCACGGUAGAGAAGACUUGUUACCUGUUUUUACCGAAGACGAAGAACAGCCGAAAAGUGUGAAUGUUAAUUCUCCUCAAAGCACAUCACCCCAAUCGAAUUCUACGUCCGUACUUAAGUAUACCUCCAAUGUUAAAUCUUGUCCUAGAGAAAGUUCACCUACAACGACUCAAGUUUCAACUCAAUACACUCCUGCUGUUUUGCAAACUAUAAGUAAUCCAGAUGGGACCGUGUCUAUAAUACAAGUUGAUCCAAAUAAUCCAAUUAUUACUUUACCCGAUGGCACCACAGCUCACGUACAAGGCGUUGCAACGCUGCAUCCGAGUCAAGGUGAAAAUGGACCUACGGUUCAUUCUGUACAGAGCCUCGCUGACGUCGCUGCUUCGCAAGGUGAAGUAACUUCCGUAGAUUUCAAUAACGUUACUGAAGCAGCUCUCAGUCAAGAAGGUCAAAUUAUAUUGACUAGCGAAGAUGGCCAUGAAUUUUCAGUCAGUUCUGAACUGUGGAGUUACAUUUUGGGGGGGAGAACAGUCAACAAUAGAUCAACUUCUCCAACUUCAAAAACAAGCGGCUAUCCUGUAUCCGUAUCGGGUAUGUUAACGGUUCCUGUGUCAGCAUCGAUGUAUCAGACUGUAGUUGCCAAUAUUCAACAAAUUAAUAACGACGGAACUGUGCAGGUCACACCGAUUGUACAUGUUCCCAAAAUUGAACCCGGCACGCCAAACGUGGACGGUAGUAAUUUGAACGGAGGCGGUAACGGCGAAGUUGAAACCAUCACCGUUGCCCCGCAUCAAGUGAUUACAAUGGCUGGAAGUAAUGGCGAGCAGCAGGUACUGCAAGUGAUCUCAAUUAAAGAUGCGAAUGCACUCAAGGCUUUAACCGGCGUUUCGGUCAAUACUGAAAUCAAAACUGACGAACCGCAGACUAUAACACCCGAUGCUCAGUAAUCACUUGUAUGUGAGUAAUUUUCUUUCGAUACGUGGAGUUUUACUACGAGUUAUUGUCGUGUUGUCAUUACAAAAGCUAGUCGAUUAAAUUUUUUUCUCUUUAUUUUUUUUUAUGGCUUCGAAUUAUGUAUUUAUUUUUAACGUCUUGUAUGUAUAUUCUCUCUCUCUCUCUUUCUCUUUGUUUAAUAUUUUUUCCUUUUUUUCGCGAACGCAUUUAUCAAGGUAAAAAAGGUGACACUUAGUAGAUGUGUGGGAGAGGGAGGGGGGAGCAUGUACGUUGUGUGUUGUAACCAACUAUAAAAAAAAUUAGGAAGUCAUUAGUUUAAGUCGUUUUUUAAAUGCAUUGUGUUUUUUUCUCCUCGUUCUCCCAUGCAUUUUUAUGUAUUAGGUUUUAUUUUGUUGAUGUUGAUCGUAGUACGGAAAUAAUCGUGCAAUAUGGAUUAGGAAAAAUCUGGGGUUGUUUAUGGGAAACGUCGAGAAACCGGGGGGGAUCACGUCGUAACUUAACGCAUUUUACAUUUUUAUUGUAUUUGUGAUUCGAGUUGAAAUUAAUGAAUUUUUAAACUUAAUUUUCUUUUACAACUUUUUGAAAUAUAUACAAUUGUGUUUUUUCUCGUAAAUUAUUAAUUUAUGAAAAGGUGUAAAUUUUUAUUGUUUUUUUUUCGAGUACCCCCCAGAAUAUGUGUACGCAAAAAAAGUAUCUAUGUAUAGUUUCUUUUUUUUAUUUUGUAUCGCGGUAACAAUUUUUUAUACGUUGUUAGUUUCAACCUAGUCAUAAAUUGUUCUAGAAAUAUUGUUAAGCGUAGUUAAGUAAUUUUUAUUAUUUUUUUAUUUAUCAACCAUAUAGUUCGUAUAGUUCGUAUUCCUUGAUUGGAAUUUCUGUGUUGAGUUAACGUGGCUGAGUGUCGAAUGAUUGAAACCGUUAUGAAUUGUCUUGAAACGGAUGUGUUCGAAUGGUUGCCUCUUUCUUCCAUAGCUUGCAUUAUUGCUUAAAUUACCACAUAGGACGUGAUAUAAAAUGCAGUUAUCUGUUUUUGAUUACCAAUAAGUUUAUGAGACGGGUUGAGAUUUUUGGCAUAACGUUAAGGUUUGAGGAAAUUAAUUUUUUAAUGAGAUGAUCUCUUCGUAUUGUUAGAUGAAAAAUUGUAAAUUAAAAUCGGAGCCAUGAGGUCAGUGAAAAUUUUGAAGUAGGUACUUCCCUAUUCCUGUUACGAUUUUUUUCUUCAGAAAUUCUAAAUGCUGUUAACUCGUAUGAAUAGCGAUUGAAUGUUAAAACUCAGAAAAUUCCAAUUCAUUAAUUCACAGCUACUUUAGUUGGCAGAUUGUGCACGAAAUAUUUAUUUGUAAUUUUUUUUUUCAGUAGAUGGAAAAAAUUGUUUCGAAACUUAUUGAUUGCUUUGUUGAUGUAUGUGGUAUGUAUUUAUAAUAGCUUUGAAAAAGUGAAAUUGAAACUGUGAAACCAGGCAGCUUUAUUGUUUUGAUUAAUUCGUAAUAAUAGAAAAACCAAAAUGUUAUUAAUUUCCGAAAAUAAUUCGCGUUCAAAACUAUCUUAGUUCGGUAUUUAAAAAAAAAACUGUUUUAUUGAAAUCAAGAGUUUUCUAUCGACCAAUCAUGUUGUCGACUCAAAUUGAAAAUAUUAAUUGCAAUUUUAGACAAAAUAAAUCGGGUUUUUCUGUUUUUCUCCAACAAUGCUACAAGUACAUAUUAAUUGGACCAUAUUGAAUAGUAACAAUUGGACUGGACGGAAUAAAAUAUCGGGUGUAACGAAAUAAAGGCGUCUCACAUG